AUACUUUGCAUUUGGGUUUCAUUUGGGGUUCAUCAUACAUGCAUUUAGUCCUCAUUUGUUUAUAUAAGGCAUCCAAGGGGCAGAUUACAACCCAGAACCAAAGGUUAGUGGGGGGUGGCUUCCUCAGUGUAGCUAAUUUACUUUCCCCACACUCCUCAUUUCUCAACACACCCAGAAGUUCCAGGCAAUGGCACCCCCAGAAGUUCCAGCUGAUGUGUUCCAGUCCACAAGGAAAGUCUCAACGCUCACUACUACUACUACAGGCUGCUCCAAGAGGGCAUUUGUGACGUUUUUAGCUGGAGAUGGUGAUUAUUUCAAAGGGGUUGUGGGUUUGGCUAAGGGCUUGCGCAAAGUUAGGAGUGAGUACGCUCUUGUGGUUGCGAUAUUACCGGACGUGCCAGAGGAGCACCGUGAGAUUUUACGUUCUCAGGGUUGUAUUGUUCAUGAGAUCGAACCUAUUUAUCCUCCGGAGAACCAGAUUAAGUUUGCAAUGGCCUACUAUGUCGUCAACUACUCCAAGCUCCGUAUUUGGAAUUUUGAUGAGUACAGCAAAAUGAUAUAUUUGGAUGCGGAUAUCCAAGUGUUUGAGAACAUUGAUCAUCUGUUUGAUACGCCUGAUGGCUACUUCUAUGCUGUGAUGGACUGCUUCUGUGAGAGAACAUGGAGUCACUCACCACAAUACACAAUCGGGUAUUGUCAGCAGUGCCCUGACAAGGUUUCAUGGCCUGCUGACAUGGGAUCUCCUCCUCCGCUCUACUUCAACGCCGGCAUGUUCGUGUUCGAGCCUAGCCGCUUGACAUACGACGGCCUCCUUCAGACUCUCAAAGUCGUCCCACCCACCCCUUUCGCAGAACAAGAUUUCUUGAACAAGUUCUUCCAAAAGACGUACAAACCAAUCCCAAAUAUAUACAACUUAGUUCUAGCCAAUCUAUGGCGCCACCCAGAGAACGUGCAGCUUGAUCAAGUAAACGUAGUUCACUACUGUGCUGCUGGAUCAAAACCAUGGAGGUAUACCGGCAAGGAAGCUAACAUGGACAGAAAGGACAUCAAGGUGUUAGUGGCCAAAUGGUGGGAAAUUUACAACGACGAGUCCCUGGAUUUCAAGGCUGAAACCCCAGCAGCUGCGGAGGAAGAAACUUUCUCGAAACCGUCGUCGAUCAUGGCUUCCAUGCCGGAGCCUACGAUUCCCUACAUUCCUGCUCCAUCUGCUGCUUGAUAUAUAAUAUAAUCUUGAGCGACUAAUUAUUAUUCACAAGUUAAUGGUGUGAUUAGUGAUCCUUCAUUAAUUUUUUUGGUCUCAUACUUGUAUUAUACACUCCUUUUUAAUUAGAUUGCUUCUGAUUGGCCUUA